AUGAGCGCCAAUGGCAUGCUUGAGAAAGUCCUUGCUCCCCUCCUCGUAGGAAAUUGGAUCAACAGCUUCCUAUUCAUGUGGGAGAUACUACAAGUGAUCUCUUACUUCAAGCAUUACGAGGACCCCAUCUUCCUCAGACUUGUCGUCAUUACUGCCUUCACGGUUGAUACCUGGAGUACAAUCAACAGUUUUAUUAUGGUGUACUUGUAUCACGUCACACAUUGGGGUUCAAUCACAUACAUUCUGAUUCAACAUUGGCCCCUCCCUGUCAGUGUUCUGACCGUCAGCAUCACGACUAGUAUCGUACAGGCCUUCUUGAUCUACCGAUAUUACGGGAUAUCGAAGAGAUGGACAUUCACCGUCUUCCUGAUCAUCGUGUUGCUGGGUUCGAUCACAGGCGGCAUAGGAACAACAAUCGGGCUGUUCCAGUUCGUACCAUUUGGUAUCUCGCAGACGGCCAACAACUUCAUUAAGCUUUGGCUGACAGCGACUUCUGCGUGUGGCAUUUUCGUUGCCGGAGGUCUGGUCUACGAAUUGAGCAGGGUCAGGACGGCCUUCAAGUCGACGCGAGUUCUCGUACGACGACUUGUCUUCAACGCCAUUCAGGCGGGAUUGGCUCCCGCGAUUGUCUGCACCAUCACCUUGGGUGUAUACCUCCAUGACCCUCUAAGCAACGUGGGAAUGGGCAUCGUAUUGUGUGCAGGGCGGAUAUACUCUCUCACCAUGUUAUGGAAUCUGAACAUGCGACGCCGCAAUAAGGCCACAACAAGUAGCGGCCAGACACCCGGAGCACCUGGGGAUCUAUCCGACUCGCUGCAAUUGACAGGCAUUCACAUUCACCGCACUGCCAUUGUCCAAAUCGACGAAAACAAAGUAACGCAGACGAAAUCGUAUGACGACAGUAGCAAUAGCCCUCGAGAAGGCAAUGACGAUAUAGAGAAGAGAGAAGCAAGUUACGAAGCCCCACAGCUUGAGUCACGAAUUCUGUUCCCACCACCGUCAUCAUAG